CACAAGUUAUUCUUGUUCAUGAUGGGAUCUGCUUUCAGUGGGUGAAUUCUCUCUUCAAGUAAUAAAGGAAAGUUACAAUGGGCAGCUAUAUUUCAGAGCCGUCUAUAGACGAUCUUCAGCAGAGCAGCACUGAAAGAGCUCGACGUUAUUCUCCAGAAGAUUUCACAAUACAUACAACAUCGCAAUCCCACAAGUCAGACCACUUCACCAACAGUAACCUAAAAUUAGAUCGUGAAACUUACUUCUGUGAUGAAGAAUUUAAAAAUGAAAAAAAUGAGGCGGCAAAAGUCAUCCAGACAAUGUGGCGUAGUUAUAGGACAAGGAGACGGGGAUCCCAGAAAUAUGAAGCAACUCUUGUCAUUAAAACUAACUGGAAACCCGACAUUACACCGAAAACCGAAGUCAUUCAAAACCAGGCAGCUACUAUUAUACAAGCUAGCUAUAAGGGCUAUAAAACCAGAAAAAUUAUCAAAAGGACAGAGCCUAGUGAACAUACUACUGUACAGACAACACAAUUAAACCAAUCUGCCAUUGUUAUUCAAUCCCAUUAUAGAGGUUACAGGACCCGCCAAUCUUUACAGAUUAAAAAAACAUCACAUUUAGAACAAUCCAACAAAAACGAGGAUUUUACCAGAAGACAUGCUCAAACACCUUCCGAUUCUGUAUCUACUAGUGACAAUUCAAGCUCUAGAGAAAUAUCCCCUCAGUGUUCAAUGAUAGCUGUUUCCUGCGAGUCUACUAAAACUGGCCACUCACACGGUAAACACUUCCAGAUAAUCCAUUCUGGAAAUAAAUGCAUAUCACCUGGUGGGGGGCGUGGCAUUAAUGAGUUCCCAUCAUCUGUGUUGUCUAAUUCCCAAAUACACAAUACCAAACUUUGCAUUAAUUCUGAGAAAACUCAAGAUUAUGUGCUUGAAACAACAGGAGUUGAGAGUGUCCAUGCGUGUACACCUGAUGAAGCAUCUUAUUCUAGAGAAGACACUGAAACAGAUCAAUACUACAAAAUGAAAUUAUUUCUUGAUGACCAAAAUGUUCACAGACCUGUAUAUAAAGUACCCAUUUUACUAUUUGAUCUAAAAUCAGACAAUCUAGAAAAUGAGUGCUUGUGCGGUUUUGACAUUUCUCCAGAAAAACUCAGAGAGAAGGUUAAGGUCAUAUCUAAAAAGCAAAGACAUCUUUUUUGCCCAAGGUGCCAUGUCUGCGUAUACUGUGGAUGUAAGAGUUGUGUAAAAGAAAAACAAAGCAACUGUGGAACAUGUUAUCAUUUCACCAAACAUUCAGACCAUGAGCCUCACCAUGAUUGUACCUGUACAAACAAUAUCUAUAAGCAUAAUACAUUGAGCCAAAGUAUACCUGUGAAGAAGGAACUUAUGAGAUCUUGUCCGGAAUCUGUUAAUGAUGAGAUAAUAUUCAAGACUCGACAAUUAUGUGCAGCCACAGCAAUCCAAUCACACUGGAGGGGUUUCCAAGUAAGGCAAACAUUAAAGCGCCAUCAUAACGCAGCUCUCAAAAUCCAAUCCAGCUUCAGGGGCUAUAAGACUAGGCAGAACUUGACAACAGCCAAAGUGUGUUAUAAUGAUGACAAUAUGAAAGAAAAGAUCAACAGGUACAACUGGUAGAUGGUCCAAAAUUCUAAACUGUGCCCUGAGUAUCUUACCAGCAAUUGUUGAA